AUGGGCAAAAGCAUCAAUCAGUAUGACUUUCCAAAGAUAGAAAAUGAUCCUGAUCUUACACAAAAAAAUCAAGCAAGAGAAUUCUCAGAUGAAUGUUCUAUACAAGUACCAUUGGAAGAUUAUAAUGCGCAAUAUAUGUUGAAUUUGGAGCAAAAAAUUGCAUACAAUUUAAUUCUAAACCAAGUCAACUCCAAAAAGAGUAGUAUAUUUUUUAUUGAUGGACCAGAAGAUACAGGAAAGACAUAUUUAUACCGUGCACUAUUAGCAACAAUCAGAUCGACUAAUGAAAUUGCACUUGCAACAACAACUUCAAGAGUAGCAGCUGCAAUAAUGCCAGGGGGGAGAACAACACAUUCAAGAUUUAAAAUUCCCAUUAAUAUAAAUGAUUCAAGUGUAUGCAAUUUCUCAAAACAAAGUGCAACGGCAGAAUUAAUCCAUCGAGCAAAAUUGAUUAUAUGGGAUGAGGCACCAAUGGCUAAACGACAAGCAAUUGAUGCAGUGGAUAGGACAUUGCAAGAUAUAAUGGACAAUGUAGAACCAUUUGGAGGAAAAGUAUUCGUGUUUGGAGGUGACUUCAGACAGUUGCAACUAAAAACCAAUAUGAGGGCUAGAAAUGACCCGAUUUUUAGUGAAUUUCUGUUACAAGUUGGUAAUGGAGAAGAACCAACUGAAUCAGAAGAUUUAAUUCACAUUCCAGAUGAAUUGUUGAUACAAUACAAACAUGAAGAUACAUCUGAAGAUGAAUUGAUAAAUGCAAUAUUUCCUUCAUUGCAACAACAGGCCAAUUUGACAGAAUACAUUAAAGAUCGGUCAAUCUUGGCAACUAAAAAUGAUACAGUUGAUAAACUAAAUGCCAAGCUUAUUGAGUAA